GCGGUGGUAGUAGUUAGUAAGCAGCAGUAAUGCUGUGUUCAACUACUUGUGGGAACUUGGAAACUCGGAAAUGUCCGACUUGCUAACUGGUUAUAGGUAUACACGCGGUGUUGAACGACUCAUCAAGUCGGACAUUUCUUAGGUCAUAGUUCCGACUAGCAUUUUAACGCGGCCUAAGUAGGCAGGCACCCCUCACGAGCGAUCUAUUGUGAUCAUCGGUUCGCACAGCUGGUCUGUUCUCCUACUGAAAAGGGAACGGAACACUCGCUACGGCUUCUUUUCCACCAGGUUCUUGACUUCGAAUCCUCAAUAGUCAUGCUGGAAGCGACACCUUCGCAGAUUUAGGCGACAUUAUCGGAGAUAAUAAACUAGCACACGCAGACAACAAAGUAUUCCUCUUUUUACGGGGUGUGGAAAGACUGCAUCCGGACUGAAAAGAAACUCCGGGGACGGGGACACUGGUCGGAACAACGCACAUCGUUUCUGACCUCCCCUGCCAGAGAGCACCAUGGAGAAGAUGAAGCGGUUUAGGAGGAGGCUGUCCCAGACUCUGAGAGGGAGUCAGACCAUCGAUGAGUCUCUGUCUGAACUGGCUGAACAGAAGACUAUAGAGGAGAACGGCAACAAGGACAGCGCAACAGGGACCGUGGUGCAUAACGGUCACGGACUUCCCCCCUCGGCCCACAGUGUCCACUCCUUCCUGCACCAGUACACUAGUUCCUUCAAGAAGCCCCCUCUGCGGAGACCCCAGAGCGUCAUAGGUGGAGGAGGGCUAGGGUCUUUCAUGGCCGUGCAACGCAACGGCAGCCGCCUUGACAUUGUCCAUGAGAAUAUGAAGAUGGGUUCUGAUGGAGAGAGUGACCAGGCAUCAGGGACCAGCUCAGAUGAGGUUCAGUCUCCCACAGGGGUGUGUCUGAGGAACAGGGGCAACCGACGCAUCUCUGCAGAGGACCUGAACAAGCGUCUGUCCUUACCUGCUGACAUCCGUAUUCCAGAUGGUUACCUGGAGAAACUACAGCUCAACAGCCCCUCCUUCGACCAGCCCCUCAGCCGCCGCUCCCGAAGAGCAUCAUUGUCUGAAAUUGGAUUUGGGAAGCUUGAGACAUACAUCAAACUGGACAAGUUAGGAGAGGGAACGUAUGCUACAGUGUUUAAAGGAAGGAGUAAACUGACAGACAACCUGGUGGCUCUGAAGGAGAUCAGACUGGAGCACGAGGAGGGAGCACCUUGCACUGCUAUCAGAGAGGUGUCCUUACUGAAGGACCUGAAACACGCCAACAUAGUGACGCUGCACGACAUCAUCCACACAGAGAAGUCCCUGACGCUAGUCUUCGAGUACCUGGACAAGGACCUGAAGCAGUACAUGGACGACUGUGGGAACAUCCUGAGCAUGCAGAACGUCAAGAUCUUCAUGUUUCAGAUCCUGCGAGGUUUGUCCUACUGUCACAGACGGAAGGUUCUACACAGAGAUCUGAAGCCUCAGAACCUGCUCAUCAACGAACGAGGAGAACUCAAACUGGCCGACUUCGGUCUGGCCCGGGCCAAGUCAGUCCCCACUAAGACGUACUCCAACGAGGUGGUGACGCUCUGGUACCGACCUCCUGACGUUCUACUGGGAUCCUCUGAGUACUCCACACAGAUAGACAUGUGGGGUGUGGGCUGUAUAUUUUAUGAGAUGGCUGCCGGGAGGCCUCUGUUCCCUGGCUCUACUGUGGAGGACGAACUGCACCUCAUCUUCAGACUGCUGGGAACACCCUCAGAGGACAACUGGCCUGGCAUCUCCUCCAUGGAUGAGUUUAAGUCCUACAAGUUCCCCAAGUACAAGACACAGCCCCUCAUCAACCAUGCUCCCAGGUUGGAUACCGAUGGCAUUGAACUGCUGCUGUCAUUUCUCAAAUACGAGUCCAAGCAGAGGAUGUCUGCAGAUGAGUCGAUGAGACAGCCCUACUUCAGGAGCCUGGGGACACACGCACACACACUGCCAGAGAGCAUAUCCAUAUUCACCCUGAAGGAGGUUCAGCUGCAGAGAGACCCAGGCUAUAGGAACUCUAACUAUCCCGAGUCAGGCAACGGCAAGAACAGAAGGCAGAGCAUGCUCUUCUAAAGACUCCGAACGGUGGUGUGUUCAACAGAUGAGGAUGUCCUACCUACCUGAAGAGUUAUACAGACAGAGAUGGUUCAGUCCCAGAGAUGGUUGUCUACAAGGGGCCACAGGGGGUGGGGGGGUAGGAGGACCAGCCCUCUGUGCGUCCCCCCUUUCUGCCAGGGCCCCCUAUCUACAGUACUGUUGGACCCCUGGGGGCUCAGGCCAAUGUGAAACUGGCUAAAAAUAGAGAUGUUUAUACAUUUUAUAUUUAUUGGGGAUAAGAGAGAAUUUGCUGCUACAAAUCCAACUACUGUCUAGAAGAUUCUAACUGGCUCAGUCACUUUAAAAGAAAACAUGCAAUGUGUAUAGAUGUUUUAUUAUUUGGAAGUGGUGGCAUUGUGUUGGUUUUGUCCAUUGAUUUCCAUUAUUUCCACCUCAACACCAACUGUGACAGACAGACAAACUGAGAUCUUUGCUGAAGCAGAGUCUGACGUUUUGGGAUUUUCUCUGUUCUGUUGCCGUACGUGGUGCUGUAUUCAAACACCAACCUCCCAUAUUUCUGGACCAUUCAAUACAUAUCACAAGAUACUGUUGAGGCCAGUACAGCCCUAGUGGAUGGUGAUGAUCGUAGCGAUUGUUCUAUCUCUAUGGUGACCAUAUCCACCUGCUUCCAACCUGAAAGACUGUACCUCCAUUUUGAUAGAAGGUACAGGAGCAGUGAUCGGCUUGGUAAAAAAUGGUUCACAUAGUUGUUAGUAGGUACAGUUGAAGUCUGAAGUUUACAUACACCUUAGCCAAAUACAUUUCAACUCAGUUUUUCACAAUUCAUGACAUUUAAUCCUAGUUAAAAUGUCCUGUUUUAGGUCAGUUUUAUUUUAAGAAUGUGAAAUGUCAAUAAUAGUAGAGAGAAUGGUGUAUUUCAGCUUUUAUUUAUUUCUUCACAUUGUCAGAGGGUCAGAAGUUUACAUACACUCAAUUAGUAUUUGGUAGCAUUGCCUUUAAAUUGUUUAACGUGGGUAAAAUGUUUCGGGUAGCCUUCCACAAGCUCCCCACAAUAAAUUGGGUGAAUUUUGGCCCAUUCCUCUUGACAGAGCUGUUGUAACUGAGUCAGGUUUGUAGGCCUCCUUGCUCGCACACGCUUUUUCAGUUCUGCCCAAAAUUUUUCUAUAGGAUUGAGGUCAAGGCUUUGUGAUGGCCACUCCAAUAUCUUGACUUUGUUGUCCUUAAGCCAUUUGCCACAACUUUGGAAGUAUGAUUGGAGUCAUUGUCCAUUUGGAAGACCCAUUUGAGACCAAGCGUUAACUUCCUAACUGAUGUCUUAAGAUGUUGCUUCAAUAUAUCCACAUAAUUGUUCUUCCUCAUGAUGACAUCUAUUUUGUGAAGUGCACCAGUCCCUCCUGCAGCAAAGCACCGCCACAACAUGAUGCUGCCACCCCCGUGCUUCACGGUUGGGAUGGUGUUCUUUGGCUUGCAAGCAUCUCCCUUUUUCCUCCAAACAUAACGAUGGUCAUUAUGGCCCAAAAUUUUUAUUUUUGUUUCAUCAGACCAGAGGACAUUUCUCCAAAAAGUACAAUCUUUGUCCCCAUAUGCAGUUGCAAACUGUAGUCUGGCUUUUUUAUGGUGGUUUUGGAGCAGUGGCUUCUUCCUUGCUGAGAGGCCUUUCAGGUUAUGUCGAUAUAGGACUCUUUUUACUGUGGAUAUAGAUACUUUUGUACCUGUUUCCUCCAGCAUCUUCACAAGGGCCUUUGCUGUUGUUCUGGGAUUAAUUUGCACUUUUCGCACCAAAGUACGUUCAUCUCUAGGAGACAGAAUACGUCGCCUUCCUGAGCGGUAUGACGGCUGCGUGAUCCCAUGGUGUUUAUACUUCCAUACUGUUGUUUGUACAGAUGAAUGUGGUACCUUCAGGCGUUUUGGAAAUUGCUCCCAAGGAUCAACCAGACUUGUGGAGGUCCACAAUAUUUUUUUAGGUCUGAUUUUGGCUGAUUUCUUUUGAUUGUCCCAUGAUGUUAAGCAAAGAGGCACUGAGAUUGAAGGUAGGCCUUGAAAUACAUCCACAGGUACACCUCCAAUUGACUCAGAUGAUGUUAAUUAGCCUAUCAGAAACUUCUAAAGCUAUGACAUCAUUUUCUGUAAUUUUCCAAGCUGUUUAAAGGCACAGUCAACUUAGUGUAUGUAAACUUCUGACUCACUGGAAUUGUAAUACAGUGAAAUAAUCUGUCUGUAAACAGUUGUUGGAAAAAUGACUUGUGUCAUGCACAGAGUACUCUGUGCAUGACACAAGUCAUUUUAAUAUUGAGUUUAAAUGACUCCAACCUAAGUGAACGUAAACUUCCGACUUCAACUUCCCACUUCCUAAGCGACUUGCCAAAACUAUAGUUCGUUAACAAGAAAUUUGUGGAGUGGUUGAAAAACAAGUUUUAAUUACUCCAAACUUAGUGAAUGUAAACUUCCCACUUCAACUGGAUAUGUAAUGUAGUAGUGGAGCUUCUACCCUAAUGCUCCCAACCAAGAUUUAGAAACCCGUACUGGUCAGAUCCAGAGGGAAGCUGUUAAGGAGAACAUUGAGACUGGAUGGUUCCUUUGUGACGUCAUAUCAUUCCAGAAUGAUGUGGCCUCUUGUCAUCAUGACUCAUGACCAAUACUCAUGACCAAUGAAUGAACAAAAGCAGUAUGUCAGAGACUUGGCUAUGUGGAAUUUAUGAUUUAGGCAUUACAGGAAGAUGUCAAAUAUCUGACUUUUAUUUUUAUUCUUCAGAACGCCCAGAGGCAUUGGCCAUGUUCCAGGUCACCUACAUUGCAGUUGAGUUGCUCAUGUUAGAUUAUUAAGUUGUAUUGAGGAGGGUUCUUGCAAUAUGAAAUGCUACAUACUCAUUUGCAGAGAACACAUCCAAUUGGUCAUAGAUGAGAAAGUAGUAUAUAUAUUUUUAAAUUGCAGUAUAUCUAUAACUUAACAAUCUGAUUGCCUGUGCAGCAGGACUGCACUGUAGGCGACCUGGAACAUGGCCACUACCACCACCAUGAUGACAGUUUCCUCUUCUGCACUCCUCUCUAUUGCACCAAGCUUCCUGUGUCUGUGGUGAAGAGUAUGUGAGCGGAGGUGAAAUCUCACUGUCAAACCAGGCCAGAUAGACUGAAGGGGCGUGAAACCAGGCCAGAUAGACUGAAGGGGCGUGAAACCAGGCCAGAUAGACUGAAGGGGCGUGAAACCAGGCCAGAUAGACUGAAGGGGCGUGAAACCAGGCCAGAUAGACUGAAGGGGCGUGAAACCAGGCCAGAUAGACUGAAGGGGCGUAAAACCAGGCCAGAUAGACUGAAGGGGCGUGAAACCAGGCCAGAUAGACUGAAGGGGCGUGAAACCAGGCCAGAUAGACUGAAGGGGCGUGAAACCAGGCCAGAUAGACUGAAGGGGCGUGAAACCAGGCCAGAUAGACUGAAGGGGCGUGAAACCAGGCCAGAUAGACUGAAGGGGCGUGAAACCAGGCCAGAUAGACUGAAGGGGCGUGAAACCAGGCCAGAUAGACUGAAGGGGCGUGAAACCAGGCCAGAUAGACUGAAGGGGCGUGAAACCAGGCCAGAUAGACUGAAGGGGCGUGAAACCAGGCCAGAUAGACUGAAGGGGUGUGAAACCAGGCCAGAUAGACUGAAGGGGUGUGAAUUACCGACCAUUAUGUUUCUACUCUGCCAUCCAUUCUCAUCCUACCUUCAAACAACCAACUGUUGGAUUGCUUUUAUCAUUGUGUAGGAGAACAUACAGUCACUGAAGCCCUCGGUCCGUAAUGGUCCCUAUUCCUUAUAGCAUUCCAGGAAAAGAGUCCCUUCUAGGUAGUGUAACUUAUUUUUAAAAAAUAAACAUUUUAUUUCACCUAACUUUAACAUUUUGUAAUGAAGAGCACAUGUUCAACUUAGAAAUAAUCAACUUAAAAAUAAUAAUUAUUAUCUGUACCGGGGCCGACUGUACCGGGGCCGACUGUACCGGGGCCGACGAUUUCUACUUAAAUCAGCCAUAAACCCCUUGUGACAGGGGGAAUGGAAGCUUGAGGUGUGCAUCAAAAAAAUAUUUAAUUGUUAAAACAUUUUUAGCCUAUCUAUGGAUAAUGACAGGGUUGACGUGGUAUGCUCGACCCGCUUGGUUUUCCACCACAAAACACCAGAAAAAUGGAGGGUUGACCUUUUAAAAUGAACCAGUCUCAUUAAAUCAAUUAUAGUCUUGAUUUGUCAAAGCGACAAAAAAUAUAACUAGUACCUGAACCUAGACCAGCACUCCUACUCUGAACUGCCUCAUGAUGCUGUAGCAGUGCUGAUCUUGGAUCAGGUUUACCUUUUCAGAUAAUAUCCAAUGAGAUUAGGUGGAAUGGGUAGUCCUAGACCAGCACUCCUACUCUGAGAUGCUUCGUGAAUACAGGGCCCAGCUCUCCUAGUGAACACAGUAGGCAGUCGGUCUAUUUAACAGUGUUACAUACCAGAUGUUUGGUAUGAUAUUAUUACGUUGAUGUUAUUUGUGGAUCAUUAUUAUUAGUGUGGCAUGUCAUAAGGGAUGCCCUCCUUUAUAGUUGAGAUUUUUUUUCAGAGAAAGAAAAUUAAACUGAAGAUUAUAUGUAAGUGUCUGGUCUGUUAGGCUCCUGUUCCCUUACUUCUUCUAGUGGGGUGGCAGGGUAGCCUAGUGGUUAGAGCGUUGGACUAGUAACCGAAAGGUUUCAUGUUCAAAUCCCCGAGCUGACAAGGUACAAAACUGUCGUUCUGCCCCUGAACAGGCAGUUAACCCACUGUUCCUAGGCCGUCAUUGAAAAUAAGAAUUUGUUCUUAACUGACUUGCCUAAUGAAAUAAAGGUACAAUUAAAAUGAG